AUGUCCACCACCGACACUACCACCACCACCACCACCACCACCACCAAACCAGGCUGGUACCAAACCAGCGUCACGGCCAUCGACCCCGCCGCGCAGUCCCUGCUGGAAGAGUACAGCGGGCUCAAGCCCGACGAGGUCCUCCCCCAUGUCUUAGCCUUGCGAGACGAAGCGUUCGCCAUCUUCCCGUACCCCUGCAUCGGCCAAAUGCGCUUCCUGAGCUGCCACCUCGCGCGCCUCCCGUUCUACCCGCAGGUGCUGGCGCGGCUGCGCGCCUCGCCGGCCCACGGCUUCCUGGACGCCGGCUGCUGCGUCGGCCAGGAGCUGCGGCACCUGGUGCACUGCGCGGGGAUCCCGGCGACCCAGCUGUACGGCUUCGAUCUCGAGCCGGGGUUCUUCGAGCUGGGGUACACGCUGUUCCGCGACGACGCGCAGAGGUUUCCUGCGACGUUUGUGGGCGGGGACUUCGGGGUCGAGAGCGAGGAGGAGUGGGCGCGCGGCGCGAUUGUGGGGACGGUUGGCGGCAAGGUGGAUGUGGUGUGGGCGGGCUCGUUGCUGCAUUUCUGGGAUUAUGAGGGCCAGGUCCGCGGUGUGGUGAGGCUGAUUGGGCUGACUGGGGGUCAGCCGGGGGCGAUUGUGUGUGGGCGGCAGAUGGGGAGUACGGUGGCUGGGGUUUAUGAGUUGACGGGGCUGAUGGACAAGACGCUGCAUUAUCGGCAUGAUGUGGGGAGUUUGCUGGGGCUGUGGCGCGAGGUCGAGCGGAGGACGGGCACGAAGUGGGAGGUGCAGGCGGCGUUGGAGGUGGGCGAGACGACGGCGAAGAUGCGCAAUAUGAGCUUCGUGGAUGAUAAUGCGCGUGUGGUUUGGUGGUGUGCUACCCGGGUGCAGUGA